AUGAAUGGAAUGGCGCUGGCGCGGGCCUGGAAACAAAUGCCCUGGUUCUACUACCAGUACCUGCUCGUCUCUGCGCUCUACAUGUUGGAGCCCUGGGAGCGGACUGUGUUCAAUUCAAUGCUGGUUUCUGUAGUGGGGAUGGCGCUGUAUACAGGCUACGUCUUUAUGCCGCAGCACAUCAGGGCCAUAUUGCACUACUUUGAAAUCAUACCAGCCAGUGAAAGGACACUUGUGCGAGUUCUGGACCCAGGCUUUCAGAAAUUGGCAGCUUCCUCUUUCUGUAUCUUGGUAGUGCUCUUCAGGUCAUCUAGAUCCUUAAUGGUUUCCGGCCUGCUUGAUCUCUCAACUAGGGAUGCGAAGGCCCUGGAUCAGGAGCCCCCUGAGACAACUUAG